AUGGAGGGGAUGACACGCUUCGUGGUAGCCUCGGCGGCCGCGGCGCGCUGGCGGCCGGCGCUGCCCGCCCUGCUGCCGCUGCUGCUCGCUGUGCCGGCGCUGCGGGGCUCGCCCGCCGCAGCUGAGAGAUCCCUGGAGCAGCAAAACUUUUCCAUUUUCUCAAUGGACUCAAAGGUGCACCAAAGCAUAUCAAGCAGCAGGACACAAACAGCCUUAUCAAAAAGUACUUUGGACUCUCAAGAAAGUAAUAGUUUUCAGACGGUUUUGUCAUCAGUUACCACUCCCUUUGAUGUGACUUUACUUAACCAAGAAGAAAUGGCCAGGAUUUCAGAAGGGAGAAGCAUGCCAUUGGUAGAUGUCUCCAUAACAAACAAUGAUGCAUUCUUAAGCAACAAUGAAUUUAUUAGCUCAUUUCCGAAGGCACACUGGACUCCUCCUCUGAAGUCUCUUGCAGUUUUAACAGAUCAUCACUCAGUUAAUACAGUAGAGCCACCAAGAGAAACAUUAGAUACUGUGUUGCUAACACCUUCAUUGUCUGUCCUUUUUUCUCCAUACGGUAUCUCAAAAGCAACACAGCAAAAGACUCCAUUGAGUGCUGUUCCUGAACACAGUAACACUCUUACAGGAUUGAAGCCUUUUUUACCAGAUAGUGAAAAGCUAACCGCAGUCAGAGACUUGCCAUUGUACCCUUCAAAUACAGCUAUUUAUUUCACAUCCAUUCCUUCAGAGGUGGGAGUUACAGAACAGGAGAACGUCAACACAGAAUUAACAGCUCUGCCUUUUGGGGCUGCUUCAGAAGCAUCACCUCUUCCUCUCAGUCUGCUGGAUAAAACUGGCCCUGUGACCCCAGGUGCCACAGCACAAGGAGCAGAUCUGUAUAGUGACACGUACAGCCAUGUGAGCAGCAGGGCAGCAGAAACUCUCCAUCUAAGGACCCACCCCACUCCAAGCAUUCCUUGGGCCACUCCGGCUUCAGCAGCCAGUGCUGAGCCUGUUUUGUCUCUUGUUAGUCUUCCACUUGCAUCUUUUCUGCUUCACUCAGCUGCCAUUUCUGCAGACUCUAAUGCAAUUCUUCAUGCCAGCCUGUUUACACGUGAAUUCUCCAGUGCAACACCAAAUUUGCCUGCUGGUUCAGACACACCGAGUCAACCAGAGCUUGUUAGUGAGCUCAUGAGUCCAGUGCCUUUCACCAGAUCAUACAGUUCUUGUCUGUAUUGUGACUCAGUUUCACUUCUGCCAGAAGCAGGCUUUUCCCCUGAACAAGAAGAUGUGGGCUCAGGCGAUUAUGUUGAAACUUUGUCCAUCAAACCGUCUGAAAUGCAAGGCAAAACUCCAUAUACAACUAUAAUUACUGAUGGGUAUGAAUUAGAGGAGUCUACACCUGAAACUUUUGAUACUUCUUUUCCAUCAAGACCAGUUAUUUCCUUUUCUUCAAGAUUUGCAGAAAUGCCCCUUUCACACAUGUUUAUGUUAAGUGCUACGGACACUGUUCUUAGCAACAGAACACCUACAACAAUUUCUGCUUCUUACCAUCAGCUCCCUGAGGGAACAUCACUGAACAUUUCUGCUGCUGAGUUUUCCCUUUUGGAAACAGUUUUGUUGACACCAAGCACUCGUGUGGAACUUCGUGAUGCCACCACAGUUCUGUUAGACUCUACCUUCACUCCAAGUGAGCUGGUAGCAUCGUUGGCAGUCAGUCGUACAACUUUGCUGGAGUUGCCAGAGUUAAUGCCCUCAGAAUCUGUGGUUUUGCUUGAUAAGACAUCAGCAAGGGAAGUACCAUCAUUAAAUAUUUCAGAUUUUCCAUCCAGUCUUUCAUCAACACCAUUUCUUAUUGAACCUAGCUACUUGUCCUUAUCACUGGCCAUGAUAAAUUCUUACUCCUUCGUAAGAAGUGAUUUUUCAACACUUUUACCUCAGACUUUGUUGACUGGGACAUCAGUACUUUCUGAGGAUGUUUCCAGCUGGGACUCAGCUACCAUUCUCAGCUCUGCCACUGAUGCUGAGGUUUCUCAGUCCCUUCUUGGCCAAACAUCAUACUUCUAUUUUAAUGCAUCCUCUAUUCCAGGUGCACAUGUUCCUGAAAUAAUGCCAUCCUCAGAUUUUCCCCCUGAGUCAUCUCUGUUUCUGGAAGCACCCUCAGUAGUGUCAGCAGGCUCUGAAGUUGCAUUUACCUCAACUGUUACAGGAGCUACCUCUCAGCUGGAACCUUCACUCUCUGCCUUUCAUUCCGUGGUUCCUACCCCGGUGCUGCCCACUUCUGACACCCAGUCUGUUACCAGCAGCAUCUUGCUUGGGGAAACAAAUCUAAUCUCUCUGUUUACUACCUUUCCAGCAACUCCUGUCUUAAAUGUAUCUUCAGCUCUGCUCUCAACUGAUCUGGUUUCUGAUGAGGAUAUUGGUGCUACAGUUACCCCUACGCUGCUUUUAACAUCUCGCAGUGAGGGCAGUGCCCACACAGCCCUUCCUCCCGCAGACCCCCACAGCCUGACGCCACGUGCCGACACCAGCAGUGUGAUGAUGCCCUCUCCUACAGCAUCUCUGCCUGUGACCACGUUGUUUGCUUCCACAGAGUUUCCUCUGACUUCCAGCCCUCCCACUGGAUAUGAAGUUCCAGUAGGAAGCAGUGUAGCUGCUGGCACUGAUGCAUCAGCUGCUUCCACUGGCGUCCCUACAACCGCUGCCGCCAGUGCCACAGGCAGCCUGGGGACAUUCUCCUCCACCCCUCUGGUGACCACUACUCCAUCUGAACCCGUGGUCAUAACCUCUGCUGUGACCACUACGAGGCAGCCCUACGUCUGCGACAUCACGGUUCCAGAUGCUUACUUAGUCACUGCAGUGCUGGCCCGAAGAGCUGUUCUACAAAAUGUCAGUGAAUCCAUCAGAGAAGUGCUGAGAGUUCAGUUCAGGCGAUCAGUAGAACUAGAGGUUUAUAAAAUUGCACCCAAGUUUGCUUUCUUGGUGACAUCAGGUCCUUUUGUUUACACGGCAAUAGCUGUCAUAAAUGUGCUUGUGAACAGCAGUCUUCUUCGUGGGGAGACCCCCAUGAUCCUCUCACUGCAUCCUUCUUUCACUGUGCCAGAUAACAGGUUCCAAGUUCAGACAGUGCUUCAGUUUGUGCCUCGGAAUGUGGACAUUGGGUUCUGCAACUUCAGCCGGCGCAUUGAGAAAGGGCUGACAAUGGCAUUCAUGGAGGUGAGCAAACGCCAGGAGUUCUACAACUUCACUGUCCAGAUUCUGAAUAUAACUCUGAGCAGGCCUGGUGCAGCAUUUCGACAAGGCCCUGUGAGCAUUGUUUUUGCCAUCAGAGAUAGGUAUGGUUUUCUAAAUGGGUCUGAAGUCAGUGAGCAGCUAAGAAACUUGUCCGUGGUGGAAUUCAGCUUCUAUCUGGGUUUUCCUGUGCAGCAAAUUGCUGAACCCUUUCAUUAUCCUAAGCUUAAUGUGUCUCAGUUGAUGAAAUCUUCCUGGGUGAGAACAGUUCUCCUGGGUGUCAUCGACCAGCGAAUUCAGGAGGAAGUGUUUCAGGCUGAGAUGGAGAGGAAACUAGCUCACCUCUUACACGAGGCUUUGGCCAGAGGGCGGAUCUGGAGACGAGCCAGUUUUGCAGGCAGCAACAUCGUGCAGAUUGUGAACGUGUCACGGCUAGCUGGUGUUGACAACCCUGUGGAGCUGAUCUAUUUUGUGGAGGACCAAGAUGGAGAGAGACUCAGUGCUCUGAAGUGCUCAGACCUGAUGAACAGAGUUGAUAUCCAGCGGGCUGCCAUCAUCCUUGGAUACCGCAUUGAAGGCGCCGUUGCCCAGCCCGUGGAGAAGAUGAAGGAGCCUGUCUCAGAUUCACAGAAUGGCAACCUAUGGAUUAUUGUUGGUGUGGCAGUCCCAGUUGCUGUGGUGCUCCUGAUUGUUAUUAUUUUAUACUGGAAGCUUUGUCGGACAGACAAACUGGAGUUUCAGCCAGACACAAUGAGCAACAUUCAGCAGCGACAGAAGCUACAGGGCCCCAGUGUGAAAGGCUUUGAUUUUGCUAAGCAGCAUCUGGGCCAGCAUAAUAAAGAUGAUGUCCUCAUUAUCCAUGAGCCAGCACCUUUACCUGGACCUACUAAGGAUACUACACCAUCUGAAAAUGGAGAUGUGCCCAGCCCCAAAUCCAAGGCUUCCUCAAAGCCUUCGAAGGCUGUUCGACACAGAGGGAGAAUUUCACCAUCGGAUGCUGACUCCACAGCAAGUGAACAAUCCAGUGGGAGAGAGACAGGAGAAGAAACUGCCAGACCAUCAACUGCUGCAAAUGAGGGCAAACCACGCAGAGCAGUGAAGAAGGGACCUCCUCAGACCAGCAGUGGAAAUGAGCAGCACUCCUCAGCCUCUAUCUUUGAACAUGUGGAUAGGAUGUCACGUUCCUCAGAUGCCAGCAGACGGGUCCCAAGCAAGAUCCAGCUGAUUGCUAUGCAGCCGAUGGCAGCACCUCCAGUUCAGAACUCAGUACUUUCUGAUCGAGUAGCAGAGACCAACAAAAUCAAUAAAGAGAUACAAACAGCCCUGAGGCAUAAAUCUGAGAUUGAGCAUCACCGCAAUAAGAUUCGUCUUCGUGCCAAGCGCAAAGGGCACUAUGAAUUUCCAGUGGUGGAUGAUGUGGUAGUGGUUGACUCCAAAGAACAGCACAGAAUAUAUCGCAAGGCACAGAUGCAGAUUGACAAGAUCCUGGACCCUGGAGGCAGUGUGCCUACAGUCUUCAUAGAGCCCAGAAAGAGUUCUCGUGCAAAACGUUCUCCCAAGCAGCGGCGGCGACAUCAGAUAAAUGGCAGCCCAAUUGAUGCAGAAAAGGACAGGUUAAUCACAACUGACAGUGAUGGGACAUACAAAAGGCCUCCAGGAGUCAAUAACUCUGCAUAUAUUUCUGAUCCAGACUUGCCUCCUGAACCUCAGACGUCAUCUUCAGCUGAUGUGGGGAAGUUCCCUGGUUUGCCUUCCCACCCAGUCUCCCAGUAUGUCCCACCUCAGCCAUCCAUUGAAGAGGCUCGGCAAACCAUGCACUCACUCCUGGAUGAUGCUUUUGCACUGGUGGCUCCCAGUAGCCAAGCAGCCAAUUCCACAGCCAUCACACCACCCGGGGGCUCCGUGGGACAGCCGAGAUAUGUAGAAUUUGGAAUGACUCCACCAACAGCACCAGGUCUCCUACCAAGGCAGAACUUUGGGCCAGGCUUUCUGCAACCUGCAGAAUUAAUGCACCCAGACCAGCAGCCCCCUGAGGUUCAGUAUUCCUCCAGAGGGAUCUACUCAGAGGAAGUGCCAUCAGUGGCACGGCCACGACCAGUUGGAAGCACUGCAGACACAUAUGCAUGGACACCAAGAAUAUUCCUCCUCACCAGUAUUCCAGAUGCCGAGGACUUCAGCCAGGCAGCCUUCAGCACCCCCUGCUCAGCUUCCACACAACAACCUUCAGGGCCAGGGCCAUUGCUACACCACCAGUUCCACUGAGGACCUCCAGCCAGGUCACUCUUCAGCCUCUCUCAUCAAAGCAAUUAGAGAAGAACUUCUACGACUUUCUCAGAAACAGACAACAGUGCAGAACUUCCAUAGUUGAUUUAGCAUUCCCUUGCAAAUCUGCCAGGUAUCUGCUUCCUAUGGAAGCAAAGACUUAGAGGAAAUCAGCAAUGUCGUUCUCUCAAAAGAAUGAACUUUCACAGCUCUUCUGACAAUACUCUGGAAAAAAAAAAUGAAAAAGGCAGAAAAAUGAGGAUAGUGAGGAGAGACAGGAGACAAAGAGGGAAAAUCAUCAGUGUCAUCACAAGUCAUAUUACUUAACCUGCUGAUAUUAUGGUGCUCCUCUUCUCUCUCUACCCUCAUUUAGUCUAACAAAUAAAUAAAACCUUAGGUCACAAUGUCAAUACUCCAGCAACAAAGAAAUCACAGGAACAAACUCUUAAGUAUUAUAGAGCCCUUUUUGUAAGGAAGUAGGUGAAGGUUUGCAUAAGCUGAGAUGACAUUUUGCAAGAGAUGACAAGUACUCUGAUCUCUCCAGUGCUUAUGGGGAACUGGUCUGUGUUGCUGUUCAGCAAGAUUAUAAACUGCAUCAGCUCAAGGGAGUUAAAGGUGUGAUCCCACACAGGAAUCACUUUGGUUGUAAGGAACAAUGGGACUACUUAGAAAAAUGGUCUUUGAGCUACUUGUAACAAACUGGAACAAUAAUUGUUAUAGCUCUGUGCUUCCAAAUGGAGCUACCCUCUGCACUCUUCCUUGUUUUCCUUCUGGUGCUGAAGCUUCAAGUGUUCCUUCAUCUUCAAUGUUUGCAAAGUGAAACAUUGGCCUUGUAUAAGAACAUAUCUUUAGACUUAUUCAGGCUGGAAGAGCAAAGCAAAGCAUCCAAACAGAAGGGGCUUGGUAUUUAUUUUGUUUAAAAAUUAUUGAAAACUGGGAGAAGAAUACUUAGCCACAGUUGAAUCUGGGGAAAUGUGUAUGUGUAUCUUUAAAAAAUACAUUUACAUACUCUAUGCUCUUGCAAGAACCAGUGAUAAAAUGUUGCCACUCUGUAGUUUGCUUUGUGGACAGAAACAAAUCCAGCCUGACUGGUACAGGGUCACCAGCAUUACAUUAUAAAUUGAUGUCCUAAAUCAUUGCUUAUGUUUGGAUCUGAAUAAUUUUAGUGAAAGUCAGUGACAGUUUAGAGCAUUAACAUAGGCUUAGAUUUGCGGUUUUGAGACAGUUUCUAUAUUUAUACUUGUUUCCACUGUCCCCCUGGACAGAAGGUAAGCAUUAGCUCCAUGGGAAGAAUGGUACAUGCCAUGGAACUCUUUGUCGCUGUUUUUUCCAGAGUUUUAAUUUAAUAUUAGCUACGAAUUUACUAAUAUUUGGCCACUGCAUACCUGUAACUGACAUAAUACAGACAGAAAUUUUACUUAAGUCAUGAUUUGUUGGAGUGUUUUUAUUUUCAGGUCAAACUGAAUUACACCUAAGUGGCACAGAGAUAGAGGGUAAGCUCAGUGUUUGUGAGGAGGCUUGGGAGCCUUGCCCUAGAGAAACAAAAAGCAAAACUAUUUGAUGCUACAGUUUGGGUAUCACCAAUGCUAGCAGAUGGCAGCCACAAAAGGUCUAAGGAAAAGCCAUCUCCCAGUGAGAUCUUUGGGCAGUCGAUCAGGGUAAGGGCUGCAUUUGCAUCACUGGGGUAAAAAUGGCAUGGGUAAAAUACAGGUAUAUGGCACUGGUAUGGUGCGGUGUGUAGUAUGCUGCCAAAUCUGUCCCUGGUUCUGGAGCACAGUUCAAGAACUCUAACAAGACUCAGACUGAAACAAAAAACAGGUAGGAGGACACCACGGAAGAACUCAUUGUUCCUGAAGUAUGUAAAUAAUAUUCAUUGCCAAAGCCAAAACUAGGAAGCAACUGGCUGCUCAUUAAUAUAGAAAAGAAGGUGGUAUGUUUUCCCUCUUUAUUAGGAAGCUUAGUUAUGUUUCUGUUUACCCAUGAUCAUCAAAAGGCUUUGUGAAAUUGUUUUGCAGGACUUACUGCAAUGAAGCAGUCUAAAUUAAUUUACAGUUCCCUGGUCAGUACUUAAAGCCCUCAUGGGCACUGGUUGAGGUUUGAACAAAGUAAGAACACCAGCAUGGUUGUGAAAAGCAGUACCAAAAGGUUAUUAUGUUUUUAAUUUUUUAAACUUUUUGUGUGAUAAUAAAUUCUAGGAUAAAAAUUAAAAAAAAAAAAAGAAUAUUUUCUGCCAAGUUUGUAAAUAUGAGUGUUGCCAAUACUUCUGCAAAAUGUCAAGUUUUGCAAAAUGAAGAGUGUUUCAGGCAAUGUUCAUCUGGUCUUAUUGACAGUGCUGAAGACUGACUGUUCCUAAAUGUUCCUAUUAAACCCAUCUCUUUCAUAGUCCACAACUUUCUCCAGCUUGGUUCUGCAGUGAGGUAAGAGGCAAAUGUGCUUAUAAUAUUAGCACAUUACUGUGACUUCAUUUAAAGAAAAUGCAGGCUUCUAGAAAGUAAGUUUGUUGUCUGGCUGCUGGUUCCAACUAUUUAAGAAGGAAUAUGAAGUAAGAGCUUUGAAAGUUCGAGGUACUAAAACCAUUUCUCAUCCAUUUUUGAUAGUGAAGGUAAUGAUACUGUGAUAUUCCAUCUUUUUAUGUUUGGAAGAAUAACCUUUUCCUUUUCAGUCCUAAAUCUUAUGAAGAACAUGUAAAGGACAAAUAAAUACUG